CAACAAUUCAUCCGGGGGGUGUUUUUGCAUCGCGCUGUUUCUUGGAUGAGGUUCUUCUAUCUUUAUUUAUCUAUUUAGUAAUGCUCAAUGUCUGGAAUCAAGAUCCUUCCCGCUUGUCUAUCUUGAAUCGCCCGAUCUCAACCCGCCGGCUACAUUCACUUCCCCGUGAACAAUACAAUACUCAUUGAUGCUUCUUCAAGGAUGAGUCGACAAGCCCGCAUCGUAGCUUCGUUGCUUGUGCUGGCCUGCGCAAGCUCCAGUGCCUGGGCUGAUAGGAAGUUUAAUAUCCAUGAUGACCUCCUCGCGUUUCCUCAAUUCCAGAUUCAUUUCCCUGCUGGCUACGUUCUUGACUCUCGAGCGCGCAUCCUCCUAGAUCAAGCCAGCGGCGACUCGACCGCCGAUGAGCGUCAAACCCCCUCGGACCAAACCACAUUAAGCGAUGGUGUCUAUGUUGCGACAGACGGGGAACCCACAGAGAACCCGCGGGUUUCCUACGAGGAACUCAUUCUCCGCGAUCAACGAUACCUUUGCCAAAUCCCACUGGUGGAGAGCAAGGAGAGAAACCGGACGAAAGAGGCGAACGAAGAGGACGAGCGCAAGGAGCUCGCGCGGGCGACCGACCGUGGCCUCGAACUCCUGCGCGAAAUGGAGGGGAAAUGUCUGUAUUAUAUUUCGGGGUGGUGGUCGUAUUCUUUCUGCUACAUGAACCAAAUCAAGCAGUUCCAUGCCCUGCCGUCCGGAGGCGGGAUCCCCAACUACCCGCCGAUGGAAGACCCGACGACCCACUCGUUCAUCCUGGGCCGGUUCCCCAGGGAGGACGGCGGCGAGCACGAGCACGAGCAGGACGGAGAAAGCGAGACGAAGCCCGGCAAGGCAACGACCGACGUGGCCGAAUUGCAAACCAAGGGGGGGUCGCGCUACCUGGUCCAGCACCUCGAGGGGGGCGACCAGUGCGAUCUGACGGGGAGGAACCGGAAGAUUGAAGUCCAGUUCCACUGUAACCCCCAGUCGGCCGACCGCAUCGGCUGGAUCAAAGAGCUGACUACCUGCUCCUACCUGAUGCUCAUCUACACGCCUCGUCUCUGCCACGACAUUGCCUUUUUACCCCCGCAGCAGGAUGAGGUGCAUCCCAUCGAGUGCCACGAGAUCCUGGCCCCGGAGGAGGUAUCCGGCUGGGAAGCACGACGGGACUACCAGUUGGGCCAGAGACUGGUCGAAUCCGCCGAGACCCCCGAAUUCCCCGUGGUGGGCGACAUCCAAGUGGGGGCCCAGCGGCUGGUUGGGUCGGAGGGCAAGCAGAUCGAAAAGGGCCGCGUGGCGAUGGCGGGGGAAGAAAAGGUGGACGUGGUGGCCAAACGAGUCAACGGCGAGCUGCAGUCGCUGUCCAAGGAGGAACUGAAGAAGUUCGAUCUCGAUCCGGAGAAGAUUGAGUCUCUGACCAAGCGCCUGGAGGAGUUGGCCAAGGGCAAGGACUGGACGUUGGAAAUGGUUACCACCAACGGAGAGCGUGGACUGCGUGGCAUUGUCGACGCCGAGGAUGACAACGAUGAACCGACGGACGACCAGGCAGAAAAUCCAUCCGAGGGUCAGGAUAGUCAGGAUGGUCCUUUUCCGGACCCUCAAGAAGAGGCUUCAAGUCCACCAGAGCCAGUCAAAGCGGGUAAACGCGAGGAGGAUUCGACAUCGAGCGGAGGAGACUUGGAGGAAGGCAGUGAAGAAACCUUCAAAGACGAACUGUAACAUUUUCUGCCAUCUAUAGGAAAUAGCAUCAGGUCAAGAUGGUGGAUCGUACCCCAGUAGAUUGUACGAUAGAUCAAGCUCAAUUGGUGGAAGGAAUUGUAGUCUUGCUUAUCCAGUCGUACUGUACCUAGUAACUAUACAGACAAGAGCUGUACUGGAUGUAUUCACUACCCUCCUCCCCAACGAUCGGCGUGUCUCAGCUUUCUUCUGA